GCCAUGACUAGAGUAUUCAAGGAUUUGUCCAGAUGCGGGUCCCACCACAAAAAUUUCUCUUGCAUACUCAACCUGGCCAACAGUUAAAAGUUCCCAACUCUUAAUUUCAUUGAAAAUGUGUUUAUGCAGUUGUACUGCUUUGGGAUUUUUCGUGGAGAGCUAGGAACUGUAAGGACAGUUAUCUGAUCGUGGGCUUAAAAGAUGGAGUAGUGAAGUUCAUUAAUUCUUCACACUGAAGAUCGAAGUGUAUAUGUUUUCCCUGUGGACCGAAUUAAAAGUUGCAUAGAAGAAAACUUGCUGCUAAGUUUUGUACUACAUAGCGGAUGAGCAUAAUAGGAAUUGGAAUGAACACACUACUUGUAUUUUUCCAUUAAUUCGUUAUAUUUUCCUGUUGAGCUGGAGGAUGGACAGACCAAUUACAAACCUGACAAAAGAUACUACAACUGAAAACAGUUCUACUCAGUGUGCUAUUGAAAGUCGAGAAGUAAAACGAGAAAGCCUGGUGUCCAAAAGCAGCAGAAGAAAAUUAACUCCUUCUAAAACUCUUAUGUUAGACGUUCUGAGGUCAAGAGCCAGCCCAAGCAGCAAAGGAUUGUACCUUAGAAAGAUCAAUGGGUUGCAAAAUAAUAUCCCAAAAUAUAUUACAACCUUUGAUGAAAAGUAUAUCCGUCGUUGUCUGGAAUCCAUACACAACUGUGCAUUUAAAAGAUCCGCAGAAUUGGAUAUUUCACCAAAUAAUAUGGGUUCGAAUAAUAUGGCUCAAGUUGCUAUUAAGUAUCCAUUGCUCGGUAAAACUGAGGUAGUUAUGAGCUCGUUCUGUGACUGGACUGCUACUACUUUAUUCGGUAGCCAGGCAAUGAUCAACAUUUUGAGGAGCACGUUACUUCAAAAAUCGGGUUUCUUGGAUUUCGAAUCAAGUAUCAGAAAAUCAUAUUUACUUUAUAUGGAUCAACGGUUAGACUCUGAUUUGACAGACUCCAAGCAAGAACUGUACAGUAACUCAUUUAUACAGAAGGAGUUGAAACAAGUUCUUGAUCGUAAAUAUUUAUCCGAGCCUGUGCAUAAAAGAGAUGCUUCUACAUCAAGUACAAACUCGAGUUUUUCUGAUCAGUCAUCAUCUUCUAGUUACAGCGAAUCAUUUCAGGGUACGCUGCAAAGCACUUGGAAAGAUGGGCUAAUACGCCAUGUUUUUUCCGUGGAUGAUAAAAAAGAGGUUUACAUGGCCAAAUUGUCAAAGCUCGAGUCUUUGGGUGGUAAAAAGAGUCUGGAUUGCGUUUACACUUUCUACUCGGCCAGCAAUGGGAAGAAAGAAUGUGAUACAAAUGAGCAUGAUGAGUCUGAAGGUAUUGCCAAGAUGUUUGUGUCUAGUUCAAUCAAUUCGAAUUCUAACAACAACUUGGAAAUCAGAGAAACUCAGUUUACUUUAUCGGUUUCGAGUGAUGAUCUGACAGUGGAGAUGCAAAAGUCAAAUUAUUCCCUCUCAAAGAAUAAGAAACUGACAGAAAAAAUUGUGGAUAUUUUCAAGUUUGCUCACUCUCACAAGCUGAGAUCGAAUUCCAAAAUAGGCGUAUCAAGUAGUACAUAUGAAUACAUGCAUGGCAAUCAUCAUAGUUUAUCACCAAAUCUUGAGCUUGCUGCCAUUGUAGUGAAAGAGGUUUGCAAAAUUUCAAACGAGGUUGGAGUUGGAGGAUGGGGAAUGAAGUUUCUUAAAAAACGACCAUCUAUGGAUAAUGAGGAGUGCUCAACUAGCAUAAAUGUUGUUAUUCCUGUGGGAUUUCAUGGUGGAUCAAGAACAGGAGGCGGGGGCCCAUCGGGCCUUGUUGAGAGGUGGAUGUCUGGUGGGCAGUGUGAUUGUGGGGGAUGGGAUAUUGGUUGCCCACUAACAGUUCUCAAAUCCAGGUCAAACGGCACAGAUUUUUCAUUCCAAGUGGAUGAUUGUGGAGAAUGCAAAUCAGUUGAUCUUUUUAUGCAGGGUUCGAAACAAAAUGUACCGAUCAUGAAGCUGGUGAAUUUUCUUGAUGGCUUGUAUUACGUCCAUUUCCAACCAACACUGUCGAGCUUACAGUCCUUUGCCAUUGCAACUGCAAUUAUACAUUCAUGUAGUCCUGUUUUCCGAUCCCAAGUGUACAAGAAAUUAUUUGGCCACACUUACUGUGGGAAUUAGCCUUAUCUAACAUAUGGCUAGCGGCAUGAUUUCACAUAUUCGCCAUACCAGAUUCUAUUUCCAAAGGUUAGUACUGUAGUUUGUAACUUCAGUAUAUCAUGUUGUGCCAUUAAGUUCACCAAACGAGGAUAGUAUUGUUUGCCGGCAAAUAGUUAUUGGGUCCUUCAUUUUAGUUAUGGCUAGCUGAGAUAACUUGUGUGUGUUUAAGCUUGAGCAUUGACCCCCAUUGUAUUGUGACUUGUCAAAUUAAUCUAGUAAAAGCUCCUUUGGGAAUAAAUCUCUCUUAUGUUCAGCCAA